CAUUAUUUUCUUUCUCGAAGUUCGUAUUUCAGCCCCUUUUCCUUUUUGGGUUCUUGAGCAAACCAUUUCCCAAGCAGCAUCUUCAGCUUGAGGGUUUAAUGACCCCUCUGCACCAAAAGGUUAGACUUUUCUUGUUGAUUAAUAGUUUGAUUUGUAAAGGGAGAGCUAUGUUAAGUGUUGGCGUGGUUCAAAUUUGAAGGUUAGAAAGAAAACAAAAAUCUGUAAAUUACGUUGAGCUUGUGAAUCUUUAUUUUGUGUUCUUUGUGUUAAAGUGUGUAAUGGAAGAAGGGUUGUGCGAAAACUCAGUUCCUGGUUCUGGUUCUGGUUUGGUUGAUAAAACUAGGAUUGUAGAGGUUAAACCCCUGCGUAGUUUGGCACCUGUGUUGCCAAAAUCCCUUCAACUUUCUAUCUCUGGAAGGUACCCAUCUGGGUUUCCUCCAUUUGUUUUGUUCGGGGAACCCGUAGAGUCUCAGCCAUCACCUACUCCUAUUCCAGCACCAAUAAGGUCCUAUAGGAAGCCACCAGAUGAAGAAGAAACCCCUCAUGAAGUCAAUGGAGACACUUCUUCACCUAUUGAGGGUGUCAAUGGUGAGAGUGUCGACGAUAGCCCAAACCGUCCUUCGCAGCCUAUGAAGAGCUGCAAAACAUCCCAAAAAAGGCGCAAGAAAACUCAGGAUUUUGGUGGCAGUUCUUCGGUUGGUGUUAUUAGCAUGGCCCAAAGGGAUGAUGGUGAUCGGGAAGUGGUUAAUCUUGUGCUCAUGAAUUUUGAUUCUCUUCGGAGAAGGUUCUGCCAACUUGAAGAUUCCAAGGAGUUGAACACAUUGAUGGGAACCAAGCGCCCGGAUUUAAGAGCAAGCAAUGUGAUGACAAGCAAAGUGUUUCGCACAAAUAUGGGGAGGAGAGUAGGAGCAGUGCCUGGGGUUGAGAUUGGGGAUAUUUUCUUUUUGCGGAUGGAAAUGUGUCAUGUGGGUUUGCAUGCGCAGUCAAUGAGUGGAAUUGACUACAUGAGCGUCAGGGAUGAGCUUCAGGAGGAAACAGUGGCUUUAAGCAUUGUAUCGUCAGGAGUAUAUGAUGAUGAUGCAGAGGAGGAUGAUAUUUUAGUUUAUACUGGCCAAGGUGAGAACUUCAACAAGAAAGACAAGCAUGUGGUUGAUCAGAAGCUUCAAAGGGGUAAUCUUGCUUUAGAUAGAAGUACACACCGACAGAAUGAAGUAAGAGUCAUCCGGGGCUUGAGAGAUGCGGUGAAUAAACAUGCAAAAUUCUAUGUCUAUGAUGGUCUGUAUAAAAUCCAGGGUUCUUGGAUAGAAAAAGGGAAAUAUGGUGGUGGUGUAUUCAAGUACAAGUUUGUUAGAUUACCUGGGCAACCUAGUGCUUUUGCUGUUUGGAAAUCAAUUCAGAAGUGGAAGAGAGGUUCAUCUUCAAGGACUGGUCUUAUUCUUGCAGAUCUCACCACAGGAGUUGAGACUAUUCCUGUAUCACUUGUCAAUGAUGUUGACAACGAGAAGGGGCCUUCUUUUUUCACCUAUUCCAAUUCUCUCAGAGAUUCAAAACCAUUCAGUAUGGUGCAAUCUUCAUAUGGCUGCAACUGUAACAAAACAUGUGUCCCUGGAGAUUUGAGCUGCUCUUGCAUUCAAAGAAAUGAAGGUGACUUCCCAUAUAUUGCAAAUGGUGUUCUAGUCAGUCGGAGACCAUUGGUUCAUGAGUGUGGCCCAAUGUGUAAGUGCUUUCCUAACUGCAAGAAUCGAGUAUCGCAGACAGGUUUGAAGCACCAAAUGGAAAUUUUCAAAACCAAAGAUAGAGGGUGGGGACUUCGAUCACUUGAUCCUAUACGUGCUGGUACUUUUAUUUGUGAGUAUGCAGGAGAAGUAAUUGAUAGAGCCAAGGUAAAUAAGAAUGGGGGAUAUAAUGAUGAGUAUGUUUUUGAUACUAGUCGUAUUUACAAUCCAUUCAAAUGGAAUUAUGAGCCUAGCUUAUUGGACGAAAUAAGCUCCUCUACUGAAGAUUAUACUAUACCCUCUCCUCUAAUUAUCAGUUCUAAAAAUUUUGGAAAUGUGGCUAGAUACAUGAAUCAUAGUUGCUCCCCAAAUGUUUUCUGGCAGCCAGUCUUGUACGCAGAAAAUAAUCAAUACUUUCUUCACAUUGCAUUUUUUGCCCUUAGACACAUUCGUCCAAUGGCAGAGUUAACAUAUGAUUAUGGAUGUUCUGGUCAUGCUGAUGGUAGUAGUGCACCCCAAGGGAGAAAGAAAUGCUUGUGUGAAUCAGCAAAAUGCGGUGGUUCUUUUGGUUGAUGUUUUGUUGCAGUUGCUCAUUCGCCGGCAUGGUGUUGACAAAUUUAUUCAUGGCUAAAAGAGAAAUAUUGAGCUUUGUUCUGGAUAUAGAAGUGCAGAGGAAACAAAAUUAUUUAUGGGUGAAAGGAAUGUAAGAAGUUUGCCUUUUAGUUUUUAAUUUCUCCCAUUUUCCCUAUACUGAUUGACGAUGACACUCUUUUCUUACGCAGUCUUCCAUGUCAGGCUUGUCAAUGAUGUUAGAUUUCUCAUAUUCUAAAUUUUUAUUAGAUGUUCUGCAUGUGGACCAAUUUUUGUCAUUCCAUUGAGUAAUGUAAAAUUAAGUUUCUACA